AUGAGUUACCCAGGACAAAAGUAUAAUGAACAGUACAGCAAUGCUGGACAUUCUGGUUUAACUUCUCAACCACCACCUGCUCCAUAUUAUCAACAACAGAAUUAUCCACCUCAUUAUUCACCACCACAAGAUGGUUACAGACCACCUGGACAUAGUGGUUACGGUGUAUAUGUUCCUCCUCCAGGUCCUCCCCCUUCCCAAGGAAGCUAUGGUUUUCCUCCAGGUCCUCCCCCUUCCCAAGGGAGUUAUCCUCCCCCCUCAGGUCCUCCCCCUUCCCAAGGGAGUUAUCCUCCCCCCUCAGGUCCUCCCCCUUCCCAAGGGAGUUAUCCUCCCCCCUCAGGUCCUCCCCCUUCCCAAGGGAAUUAUCCUCCUCCCCCAGGUCCACCACCUUCACGAGAUGGUUAUGCUCCACCUCCGUAUCCUCCGCCACAAAGUAGUUAUGCUUCAUACCCCUCAACACAAGCCCAUUAUCCUUCUCCUACCAAUCCACCACAGAAAGUUGAAAAAACUUUUACGCAUACAGAAGUUAAAUAUGAAUUAAGUUAUGAAAGACCUCCAUUACCACCAAGAAAUCAACAAUAUCAACCUCUCCCAGGAACUCCUCCUCAACUUCCUAUUAGAGGAUAUGCACCACCACCGGUUACGGGUCGCAGGAGAGCUUUAUUAAUUGGAAUUAAUUAUUUUGGUACACCAUUUGAAUUAAAAGGAUGUAUAAACGAUGUUGCUAAUGUGAAGAGUUUCUUAAUUGAAUUAUAUAAUUUUAGAGAAGCUGAUAUGGUCAUUUUAACAGAUGAUCAAAGUGAUCCAAAAAAAAUUCCUAAUAGAGAAAAUAUUUUGAGCGCAAUGAGAUGGUUAGUUCAUGAUGCACGACCAAAUGAUUCAUUCUUUUUCCAUUUCAGUGGUCAUGGAGGUCAAGCACAAGAUCUUGAUGGAGAUGAAGACGAUGGUUACGAUGAGACUAUUAUGCCAUCAGAUUUUCAGAAGAAUGGGCAAAUCAUUGAUGAUAUAAUGCAUGAUAUAAUGGUGAAACCGCUUCCACGUGGUGUAAGAUUAACGGCUAUAUUUGAUUCUUGCCAUUCUGGCACAGCACUUGAUUUACCUUUUAUAUAUUCAACACAAGGAAAAGUGAAAGAAGCAAAUCUUUUAUCAGAAGGUAGUAAUGCUAUUAAGAAUGCUUGUAUGUCAUAUUUAAUAGGUGAUAUUGGUGUAAUAAAGACAAGUUUGAUUUUAUUUGGUAAAAAGGCAACAUCAGGAAAAAGUAUUUCAGAAAAAAAUAAACGAAAUAAAUCAAGUCUUGCUGAUGUAAUUUCGUUGAGUGGAUGCAAAGAUGGUCAGACUUCUGCAGAUGCAAAAAAUGAAAUGGGGCAAGACACUGGAGCUAUGUCCUACGCAUUAAUCAAAACAUUAAGAGAUUAUAGGAAUAAGAAUGUUGAUAUUUCAUAUCAACAAAUGCUUAAUUCUGUUAGAGUUAUCCUUUCAAAUAAAUACUCUCAGAAACCACAAUUAAGCGCAUCACAUGAAAUGGAGAUGAAUUCAUUAUUUAUUAUUUAA